CUAACGUGGGGUUCUGAUACUUUGAUCCAUGCAGAUUCUGCAAGGCAGACUCACCACGGUGCUUCCUGAUACCUUGUCUCGACUGAGAGGGAGGAGCCGCAAGAUUGAUCAUGCAGAGGCCUGGCCAACCUCAUAAUUUCGUCAAGAUGCGUCCGGAGGGCCGUGCUUCUACCCAGCUCAGCUCUGCCGGUGGCCUGCGAAGUGUGGCUUUGGGUAGCAAUGGCGUCAUCCCAACGACCUGGCUGCCUCCGGGAUAUCUCUCGGAAAAGCCGGUGGUGCUGCUUUGCUGUUCAGUGGUGAAACUCGGCCCGUUCAUGCCUUGCCCUGAUGUUGGAGAUGAGUAUUUAAGCCGUCGUAGCCCAGGACUCUACCACAUCCACGCUAACCUGCCAUAUUCACGUUCAGCCCAUCGACCAGUCAUGGCCACUAUCGCCGCCUCCAAGAUCAGUCAGUACGGAGCGAUUUGGAUCGUCCUCUACGGCCUUGCAGCCAUCAUCAUGCGGCUUCUUGACAUCGUUUUGCGAUGUGCGGUGGUCUGGGCUAUUAUGCUCCUCUUCAACGAGGUGGCUUCCCAGAGACAUGGCCCAGCGAAGUCCUGUAUAUGCGACAAAGAAUCCAAAGCACAGUCAACCGGCUUUGAAACCCGUUACCGGCCGAUUAACAAGCCUGUGUCUCAUGAAGGCAACUUUCCGUUCUUCCCGGGCUGUUACCCGGACCUGAGUGAACGAGAACUCGCUAGGACUUUGAAUCAUGAUGCGGUAAGUGAGCCAGCUCAAAUACCGUAUUGUGUGCGCAUCUGAUGACGGAACUCCAGACUCCCCCGCCUUACUUU